AACCAACCAGCCCAUCGUUUUCUUGCUUUACCAAUUGCCAUCAUUUCUCAUUUCCAAAACCAAAACCACCGAAAACAAAAUGAACGAGAAUUCCAACAAGGCCGAAGCUGAACGCCUGCUAGGAAUCGCCGAGAAGCUUCUCCAGUCUCGCGAUUUCAACGGUACAAGAGACUUCGCCGUCUUGGCCCAAGAAACGGAGGCUCUCCUUGACGGCUCAGACCAGAUCUUGGCCGUGGCCGACGUUCUAUUGUCCGCUGAGAAACGCAUUAACAACCACAACGAUUGGUACGCGAUCUUGCAAAUCGACCGCCGCUCUGACGACCAGGAUCUCUUAAAGAAGCAGUACCGCCGCCUCGCAUUGCUUCUCCAUCCAGACAAGAACAAGUUCCCCUUCGCAGAUCAAGCGUUUAAGCUCGUCGCGGACGCUUGGGCCGUCUUAUCGGAUCCCGCUAAAAAGUCACUCUACGACAACGAAUUGAGCUUGUUUUCUAGGAUUGAUUUAUCGAAUUCGGAAAAAUUGCCUGUUCGAAGGAGCCAGCGCCCGGUCGCGAAGAAACAUGCAGGCGAGAGUAUUAAAACUAACAUUAGUAAUAGCUCCGAGGAUCGGAGUCAGAGGAUGAAGCUAUCGUCGUUUUGGACUGCUUGUCCUUACUGUUAUAUUUUAUACGAAUAUCCUCGGGUUUAUCAGGAUUGCUGUUUGAGGUGCCAAAAUUGCCAGAGGGCGUUUCACGCAGCGUUGAUACAGUCGUUGCCGCCUUUGGUACCAGGGAAGGAGGCGUAUUACUGCUGCUGGGGUUUUUUUCCUUUGGGCUUUAUGUUUGGCAGUUCAGAGAGUGGAGCGAAAAACAUUGGGUCUGGGUCGGGACAGGCGUCUGUGUUUCCAAAUUGGAUGCCGCCAAUUUUCUCCCCGGGGCAGCAAGUUGGUGAUAAAAAUGGUGGCAUCUCCACGGCAGAUACGCCGCCAGUGUUUGCCUUGGGGCAGCAAGUGAGUGAUAAAAAUGGUAAUGUGAGUGCAGGUGCAGCACCUGCGAGGACUGGGAUAGCAAGAGGUGGUGGAGGUGUGCAUGUUUCAGAUGGGAGUGCCACAGGGCGUUUACCAAAGAAGAGGGGAAGGCCAAGAAAAUAUCCCUUACAAAGUUUUUAGUCUGAUAUGGACUGCAAUUUGGUGAGAAGAGACAGAUGAGAAGGUGAAGGAAGUUUUAUCUCUGUGUUGAUAGAGAUAUAAGAAGGCUCAAGGAAGAGGCUGUUAUAGCUGCCACAGUUUGGGAUGUCCAUAGGGUGGCCAAAUGGGCCGUGAGCAUGGUAGGCUACAUAUCAAUGUUUGUCCUCCCUUUUUGUAUCUUUUAUCAUAAAAAUGAAAACUUCUACCAUAUUAGUGGAUGGAAUUCAAAUUUGAGAAACUCCUACUCUCCAUCUUCUUAAAGAGGAUUAUGAGAAAAUCAACCAGGCUAGGUCUAAUUAUUUGGAAAGUGCAUAAUUUGUUCUUUGUUUAGCCAAGUAUGUACCUGUUUUACUUGAAAAUUUAUAAGUGGAAAGAGAGAUUGGAACUUCAUACUAUACAUUCUCAAAGAACGUAGUGAGGAAAUUAAUAAUAAUUGGUACUAAA